CCUCCUCCUCCUCUCAUUCAGUUGCCUUAGCAGCGCAGCUUCAUUCCUCCACAGUUUGGUGCUGCGUGCGUGGACCUGUCUCAUUUGUACCAUCAGCAACUCAUCAGUGGACUUUCCAGGUGCCAUUCCCCACACGGAUUGGUGCCAAAUGCACAUUUGUAUGUUUGUGCCUCAGCCUGUGCAAGCGCAAUUAAGUUACUACUACUAAAAAAACUCAAAAAAACUCAGAAAAAAACAAAACAAACCUGCAGUUGGAGCCACAGAAGAUGGAUUUUCGGGCGAUGAAUGUGAGUGGGGUGUCAGACUGCACGAACCUCAGCGUGGAAGUUACGGACUAUGUGAGCUGCACAAACCUUUCCAUCAAAACGACCAGCAGACCCAAGAUGGAAUCUUUCCGCAUCGUGCUCUACGUGCUGAUCUUCCUCCUCAGCGUCUUUGGCAAUCUGCUGAUCAUCGUGGUCCUGAUAAUGAACAAGCGCAUGAGGACUGUCACCAACUGUUUCCUGCUGUCACUGGCGGUCAGCGACUUGAUGAUGGCUGUCUUCUGCAUGCCCUUCACCCUCAUCCCAAACAUCCUGGAGGACUUCAUCUUUGGGGCCACCAUGUGCAGGAUCAUCGCCUACUUUAUGGGCAUCUCUGUCAGCAUCUCCACUUUCAGCCUUGUGGCCAUUGCCAUCGAGAGAUACAGCGCCAUCUGUAACCCACUGAAGUCGCGUGCAUGGCAGACCCGAUCCCACGCCUACCGUGUCAUUGCUGCUACCUGGGUGCUGUCGCUGCUCAUCAUGGUGCCCUACCCGGUGUUCAGCUUCAUCAAGACCGCCCCAAAGGGCAAUGGAACCAGCAGCCGCAUGUGCCGCCUGAUCUGGCCCAUGAAACAACUUGAACAGGCCUGGUAUUUGCUGCUGCUGAUUAUUCUGUUCUUCAUCCCGGGGGUGGUGAUGAGUGUAGCCUAUGGUCUGAUCUCCCGGGAGCUCUAUCGAGGCAUGAGGUUUGAGAUGGGCCAGAACAAAGAAGCUGCCGGCCAGAAGAAUGGUGUCAGCAGGGCGGUCAACGGAGUGACGGAUGACGACGACGGUUGCUACAUCCAAGUGUCUAAGAAGCCCACAAAUUCCAUGGAACUCCCAACUCUCUCAGCCUCGUCAGGCGCCAACCAGGUGAAGACGGAGCGCGCACGGAGCAACACCUCAGAGGCCAAGCUGCGGGCCAAGCGACGAGUUAUCCACAUGCUGCUGGUGAUUGUGGCGCUCUUCUUCAUCUGCUGGAUGCCGCUGUACUGCGUCAACGCCUGGAGGGCAUUUGACAUGAAGUCAGCCCAUAAAGCUCUCUCUGGCGCACCCAUCUCCUUUAUCCACCUGCUGUCCUACACCUCGGCAUGCGUCAACCCCAUCAUUUACUGCUUCAUGAACACCCGCUUCCGCAAGGCUCUGUUCGCCACCUUCGCCUGCUGCUGCCGCAACCGGCUGUGUCGCCGUUGCUUGUGGUGCAUGAGAAAAGACGGUGAAGAUGGCCUCGCAGGCACCUCCAUGGCCACCUCCGUGGCCACCUCGGUGUCCAAAAUCAGCUAUACCGCUGUCAACACCAGCGCCACCUGCUGAGCUUCAAGUAAACCCAACCAGCGAAAUCAGCGGCGGCCCUGUAAGCGCUGUAACUUCAGCAACGGAAGUUCCCGUUCCACCAUCUGCUUUUCAAUUUUCUGUUUUUCCACUGUUAAUAUGUGGUGAAUCAUACGCUUAGUAAUACUCCUACCCCAAUUUGUCACCCGUUUUUUUAAGGGGCUCUGUUCGCAUUCUGUGUGCGUGGUCGCAAAAGGUGAGGAGAUGAAACAUCGUUUUCAGUUUCUUUCUUGUGUUUAACUGACAGCGUCUGCUUUGUUACACUCUGCAGAGAACAUUAAGUGCCUGUGCUCGUUUCGUGGCUUCUUUUAUCAUAGUUUAUUCACUGGCUGAGAUAGACAGAUGGAUUAAAAAAAAAAGAACUUUCUUGGAAAAUAUGAAUCUUGUAUACAUGUAAAUGCUGUGUUCUUAAUGUGCCAAAGGUUAAUUUCCGACACACUGUUAUACAGCGAGUACUCGCUGACUCACAAAUGAAGUAAGUAAGUAAGUAAUGCUGUUUAAUCUUUAUUUGUUUAUUCAGGGUAUCUUUCUCUGGCUCAUCUAUAUACAUUUCUGCUGAAGACUACUUAAUACAGCUUUACACAUCACACACAAAAAGUCACAAGAGAAU